GGAACCCAGCUCGCAGCAUCUGCCUAUGUUCAGAGUCCCUGACCCUUUCUUGACCACAGCUUGCAAAGAAGCACCUGGGCCGGCCCGUGCAGCCGUGCCGACGGUUCUGGGACAGGACCCACUCUGCUGCUUGCAGAACGCACCGCUGCCCCCAGUUCCACAGUCUCUACGAUAGCGUCUCUGCGAGGAGACGAGGACAUCGCCCCCAAGGACCUCCGAAGAGGAGGGAUUUCUCCGGGAAGGGGAAACAGGAUUUUGUUGUGUGGCUUGGAGAUGAGACAGGUCUCUAGAAUGGGGUUCCUCCUGGGACUGCUGAAUCUCCCAGCAGCGCUAGGAGAGAGAAGCUCGGGAAGCCCUACGAAUAACAGCCAUCCUCAGAGCUUUGCAAUCGUCUCUUUCGAAUGGAAUCACGUAAAGGACCCUUAUGUCAUUACACUCUGGAUACUUGUGGCCAGCUUAGCCAAAAUUGUUUUCCACUUGUCCCACAAAGUCACUCGGGUGGUUCCAGAGAGUGCUCUACUGAUUGUUCUUGGUGUCCUCCUUGGUGGCAUUGUAUGGGCAGCAGAUCACAUUGCCUCUUUUACCCUUACACCGGAGGUAUUUUUUUUCUAUCUGCUGCCUCCCAUUGUUUUGGAUGCUGGAUAUUUUAUGCCAAAUAGAUUAUUCUUUGGAAAUCUUGGUUCCAUCCUUUUGUAUGCUGUCAUUGGGACUGUAUGGAAUGCAGCCACAACUGGUUUAUCUCUCUAUGGUGUCUAUCGGACAGGAAUAAUGGGCCACCUGGACAGUGGGUUGCUGGACUUCCUCCUGUUUGGCAGCUUGAUUGCUGCUGUGGAUCCUGUUGCUGUGCUGGCAGUAUUUGAAGAGGUCCAUGUCAAUGAAGUUCUAUUCAUCAUUGUUUUUGGAGAAUCACUUCUGAAUGAUGCUGUAACUGUGGUGUUGUACAAUGUGUUUGAAUCUUUUGUUUCAAUAGGACCAGAGAAUGUGACUGGGAUUGAAUGUGUCAAAGGCAUAGUGUCAUUCUUCGUGGUAAGCCUGGGUGGGACACUUGUUGGCAUUUUCUUUGCAUUUCUGCUCUCAUUGGUGACCCGUUUCACCAAGCACGUUAGAAUCAUCGAACCUGGAUUUGUUUUUAUUAUUUCCUACCUGUCCUACCUCACAGCAGAGAUGCUUUCUCUUUCUGCUAUCCUUGCGAUAACUUUCUGUGGCAUUUGCUGUCAAAAAUAUGUCAAGGCUAAUAUAUCUGAACAAUCUUCUACAACUGUAAGAUAUACCAUGAAAAUGUUGGCCAGUGGAGCAGAAACUAUCAUCUUCAUGUUCCUAGGAAUUUCAGCUGUAGAUCCAGAAAUUUGGACUUGGAAUACAGCUUUUAUACUCUUGACUUUGGUAUUCAUCUCAGUAUAUAGAGUCAUUGGUGUAGUUAUACAGACUUGGAUUCUUAACCACUACAGAAUGGUCCAAUUGGAGAUAAUAGACCAGGUAGUGAUGUCAUAUGGUGGACUACGUGGAGCAGUUGCUUUUGCUCUGGUUGCACUUCUGGAUACAAAAAAAGUGAAAGAGAAAAACCUGUUUGUCAGCACAACUAUCAUUGUUGUGUUUUUUACCGUUAUUUUCCAGGGAUUGACAAUCAAGCCUUUGGUACAGUGGCUGAAAGUGAAGAAAAGUGAACACAGAGAACCAAAACUCAAUGAGAAACUUCAUGGAAGAGCUUUUGAUCACAUUCUUUCUGCUAUAGAAGACAUCUCUGGACAAAUAGGACAUAACUAUCUGAGAGAUAAGUGGUCCAAUUUUGAUAGGAAAUUCCUCAGUAAACUCCUGAUGAGAAGAUCUGCUCAAAAAUCAAGGGACCAAAUCCUUAAUGUUUUCCAUGAACUCAACUUGAAGGAUGCAAUUAGCUAUGUGGCUGAGGGAGAGCGUAGAGGUUCCUUAGCAUUUAUACGUUCUCCAAGUACAGACAACAUGGUGAAUGUGGAUUUCAGUACCCCACGUCCAAGUACUGUAGAAAGUUCUGUAUCUUAUUUACUGAGAGAAAAGGCUGGACCGGUUUGCCUUGACAUGCAAGCUUUAGAGCAAAGGAGGAAAAGUAUUCGGGACACAGAAGACACAAUUGCACAUCACACCCUACAACAGUACCUAUAUAAGCCCAGGCAGGAGCACAAACAUCUGUACAGUCGACACGAAAUCAUGCACAGUGAAGAUGAGAAACAAGACAAGGAGAUUUUCCACAGGACAAUGAGGAAGCGCUUAGAAUCUUUCAAGAGUACUAAACUAGGAAUAAAUCAUUCCAAGAAGCUGAAUAAAAUCCACAAACGAGAACGAGGCCAAAAAAGGCGAAACAGCAAUGUCAUACCAAAUGGAAAAAUACCUUCAGAAAAUCCAGUACAAGAUUAUACUUUGAAGGAAAAAGAUUCAGAAUUUUCAGAAGCAGAAGAAAAUAAUGAUUAUGAAACUUUGCAUCUAGGCAAAGGAGUUGAUUUUCUGGCUAAUGUGACCAAGCAAAAUUUCACAGAUAACCCUACUGGAAUUGAUAACCCAGUAUUUUCAGCUGAUGAUGAUCAAAGCAUCUACAUGAAGUUCUCACCAUGGUUGUCUAGUGAAGAUACUGUGGUACCGUCACAAAGGGCCCGAGUGCAGAUCCCAUAUUCUCCAAACAACUUCAGACGGCUCACUCCGUUCCGGCUCAGCAAUAAAUCAAUAGAUUCCUUCCUGCUAGCAGAUGGCCCAGAGGAACAACCCAGACCUUUUCUCCCAGAAUCAACACAUAUGUGAUCUGGACCAAGAUGUUGAAAUGACAGAAUACUCCUCUUCAGAUGACAAAUUUCCUCCUUAUACAUCUGACCAACUAAACCAAAAUGAAAGUGUUUCAGAGAAUCCCCUUCACUUCUUUCCAUCUUGUCUUCAAAUGCCUUGGACACAAAACUAUUCUUCCUUGGAAAACAGAGGGAAUAUAUCUCUUUCUACAGUCUCUGAGUAUAUAGCCUCUUGUGACCCAAGUGUACCUGAUCUUUUCUGGGAAACAGAUGCAGAUACAGAUAACAAAGAGACAAUAAACUCAGGUUAUUGUUCUGAAGUUAGCUACAAGUCAGAGAACUCACAAGAAGAGAAUUCUCUGCUUAUACCUGAAGAGUUGGAAGACCCAUACAUGAAGGAGCCCAGAGAGAAGAAAAUGUUACUUGAUGUACAAGGAAAUUACAGAUCCAUUGCAGCCAGGCGCGUACAAAGCCGACGUUCAUUUCACAAGCCAAAACCUCUUCAACACCCUAAGCUUCAAAAACUAGCAUCUCUUCCAGCAUCUUGCCAUGUCCCUCCACAUUCUUUGGAGCAAGAGGAAACACAGUUGUGAGCCAGGACUUAGCUGAAAGGAGGAACUGAGAGAGAAUACUUUGAACAAAAGUCUUCUGUAAAAUUAGAGAGAAACCACUUGGUUCACAUGGCCUACUGUAGAAUGAUUUUUGAUGCAAAGGAAGCAGCAUCCCAUGAUGUCAGAAAUUCUGGAGCUUUUCUGCUGCACUUACAGUUUUAAGUCCUCAUUCAUAUUAAAACGAUGCAUUAUGAAGGGAAAAUAUGCCUCCUUGUUAUUUUUUCAUGUAGACUGUUACAAAAAAAUAUAUUAUUUUUGGAAGGCUGAAACAAGAGGUAUUUUUUUUUUUUUAAUAUAUAAAUGAUUUAUUAUGCCAUACAUUCCCAGUAAAUACUUUGAACAAAAUGGGCUGCAUUUUUUGCCUCAUUAAUGGGAUUCAGUAUUUAUGUUGUAUGAAAUUAAUGUAGGAGAAGUCAAUGGUUAGCCUCUUGCCUGCUAAUUCUACUCCAGCUGAAAUGGAUCAGUGCCUUUCAUAAGUGCAAACUAAAGAAAAAGUGUUUUACUGCUCUGAAUAUUUGUGUUACCGAGUAAUCAUGAGGUACUGAUUCUGGCAAAAAUCUUUGCAGGGAGGGAUAAGUCCUGCAUUUUGAAAUUUUGUCCAAGUUUCCUGGAUGGUCAUUUCCUUCAUUCAUCAUCAUUUCCACUGCUCAGUGGUAUUAGAAUGAAAGAAUAUCCAUAAUUAGUUCAUAAUUAGCUCUUAAUUACCUUAUGUAACCACAAGCAAUUUUGUAUUCUUAAUUAAGCUGCUCUAUUUUAAAUUGCCUCACAAAAGUGUAAAUAUUUGUCAUUUGUCCUGCUGCUUUGGAAGACAUCUUCCAAAUACUCUGUUGGAUUAUCUUGUUAAUUUAUGUAUAAUGCACUUUCUAUAACUGAUUGGGAUAAUGGCCUCUCAGAUGCCAUUUUUGUCACAAGAGUUAGUGCCACAAUGACUCAGGACGUCUGUGUUUCGAAGUACUGCACAAAGGCAGUAUACUUGUGUUGUAAACUUUCUAUCCCUAGCCCCUCCCCACUUCUCUGUUAAAUGACAGUCAAAAAGAUUGCAUUAGACUCCUAUUAUGUAUGAAUCUGACAUUAAAUUACUUUGAAGAUUGCUGGAGGUAUUGAUGAAAGCUAGUGUAUAUGAAGACUAAAUCAAAAUGAAAACUCUAAGACUUCUCAUUCAUGUAUAAUACUGCAUGCCAGCCUGCUUUGCCCUGAUUGACUCCAGUCCUGAAACUUGGUCUCAAAAUCUUCAGUGGUCAUAAGUUGUAAAGGUUCUUUGACAUCAACAGGAGAUGAAUGUUUAACCACUUUCUUGAUCCUAACGUGUACCUUAUUUCUACUUCAUAUGAAUGUAAGUGAGCUAAGUCAGCUCAGGGAGGUAUCUGAAUUACUAAAUACUGGAUUCAACAGCAGCUUUCUUUGGUAAAUUUUAUUUUAUCUGUGGAAAUCUGUGGUUGUUUCACUAUACCUACUGAGAUUUUGAAAUGGGCUCUGGCUGAUUCUGUUAGAUGUCCAAUUACAGAUUUACCAAUGUGUCCUAUAAGAGCGAAGCAAUAUGUGAAAAUUCAGGCCCAUAGCUUUUAUCUAUCUUUGUACUCUUUGCUAAUAAUGCCUACUAGGCUAGUUCAAAUUGCAGAGGUGCGAUGGCAAUUAUCAUAGACAAGUCUAGUUACAUAACCUAUGCUUUUAGAGACUUGGAGUACUGGUCCUUGGAUAUCAAUCCACAAACAGCUGUAUAUGAUCAUCUUGGACACAGAUUCAAUUGAAAAUUGAAAAGCUCCAGUUAAUUUUAUAAUUCCAUUAUGUAAAUACCAUGUUUUCUGAACUGAAUAUAUAUACACAUACUAUUUGGUAAAGUAUUUCCAUUCUGUUCCAAUUGGAACAGGUAUUGUAAUUUUAGUGAUCAGCACAGACACAUAACAGGGUCAUUACUGAUCUCAGACAUUUUCACUUAGAAAGCGCAAUGUGCCAAAAUCUAACUUCCAGUCUCCUGUCAUAAUGCUGAAGUACCAACAACAAAGUUGGUAGAAAGAUGCUGGCUUUGAACAAGACUUUCAUUUCUUAUUGCUAUGGUACAGAGGCCAUUUCUGUCUUGCAGUCAGAAAAAGAGACAUGUCAUGACUUGUGUUUUCUGCAUGCUUGUUAGAGUAAUCCUAGGCUACCUCAAUAAAGCAUUUGUAAAUCCUAACCAGCAGAUGCAAGUUUUCACCAGUUAAGUGUUGCACACACAAGUGUAUACAAUUUUUAAAAUCCAAAGUUACAAGAUUUUCAUGUUCUUGUAUGCUCUUAUGAUAAAAGGAUCAGUAACACUACAGUCUUUAUAAAUGCAGUAUUUUCUGUAAGGAGCCAGCGAGAUUCUGUUUGCUUUUGAGAAGGCUGUGGGCUAUAGGAGUUUUUGCAAAACAAAUGAUAGCCCAGUUUUUGACAACAGAAGAAAUGGAAAGGCAUUAUAUACAAGCUACUUAGCACUCCACUGGCUUCCAAAUACCUUAAACCUCGUCUGUAUUAUAAAGUGCUGUGUAGCCACAGUUCAACAGAUAGAGGAUAAAAUGGAUAGUCUGGCUGUGAAGAGAAUUAUCUUUGGAAUAAUUUUCAUAAUUUAUUAAGAUCUUAGGACUCUGGAAGAUGUUUUCUCAUAUAGUUGCCUCUAAAUCAGAGCUCUAAUUGGUGAAGUUUCUCAGUUUGAAAUGUUUCAUGUCCUCAAAAAAAAAGUUUCAUGUCCUCAGUUUGCACACUGGAAAAAUACUCCCAGCUGUAAUACAGUAGAUUAUAAUUCCUUAUUUUUUUUCAGUGGCAAUUGCUCUCUGUAUUUUUGAGGGUAUAUAAGAAGAGCAGUUUAUAAGAUUUCAUUAUCUAACAUUUUUUCUUUACUCUUUCUAUUUAAUUCCAGAUUUCAGAUGGUACAAGUAUUUUCUUGCUUCUUCAAUGUACUUUAAUUAGUCAAGAACCACUAAUUUCCAUCAGAGUAACAUAGAUUUAGAGCUGGUGAGGAUCUGGGUGUGUGUAUCAGUUUAUUCUUUUACCAUAUGACAUAGCAGUUAAUUUGGUGCAGUUUGGUACAAUCAGUCAAUAAAUCAUUUCACCUCUGGUGAGAUCAGUUCAGUUCUUGCUGAGCUUUCCUGGCUGAAAAAUGUCCUUAGGUUUUUUUUGUGUAUAUGAUAUGCUCUGUCAGAGAAAGUCAAGUUGGGAAUUCCAUAAUUACUAGUUAUUAAACAUGUAACUAUGGCCCACUUCAUUGUAAAUGAAAAAAAAUGAAGAAUAUUUGAUGUCUUUUCUAUAUAUUUUUCUCCAUGUACAGGAUUCUUUUUAACAAUAUUCAUGAUGCUGCACUAUGUCCUAGCAAUGUUAAAAAAAAAUGUGUGACUUCUGAUGAAUUCUCUCUGAGCUCUGAAGUUAAUUGUAUGAAAUUAUGUUUUACAAAUAUGUGAUCUAGUCAGAGAUUCAUGUAAAAAAGUUUGUAAAAUGAUCAUGUGCCUUAAAUUGUCACUCUGUGGAGUGCUGCUAUUCGGAGAUUUUUUGUGUACUUUCCAAGAGGUGUCAAUUUAUUGCAGAUAUUUUUAAGUAAGUCAAGUUGUUCUGCUAAUGCAUCUUUAUAGAAAUGUUUUAGUAACAUAUCAUAAUGAAAAAUUUGGCAAUAAAUUGUAUCAUUUUGGUGGAAUUA